GGGAAUCAGGUGGCCAUGUCAACGCACGUUGACGACGGCACUCUUGUUGGGCCGAGGGAGAACGCUAAGAAGGCACUAGACGAGCUCGGGACAAACCUCAUUCUGACGAUGUCCGAGCUGGUGGUUGGAGGUCCUGAGAUCAAGCAUAUUGGGCGUGGCUGGCUCCGCGCCCCCGGAUGCAGGCAAGCGCGGACGUGGCCUGCCAUUGCGAAGCGACUCAUCGACUCGGGCCCCUACGACAGGAGAACGAGCCCACUGCUAGGAAUCAAGGGCGAGAAGAAG